AUGUCUCGUGCAGCAAGCGUGUCUCGUGACUCACUCAACAUUGAUGUCUACCAUAAAGGUGUUUUUUCUCCUAAUCCCUUGGUUUACUUUCAUCCUGAUAAAGUACCUGUUAUGGGGCUAGAUGUACGUAACAUGGAUUUCAAGAAGUUCAAGACCUAUCUCCAAAAAUUGAUCAACAAUAGAUGUCGGGAUAUGUAUUACUGUCUUAAAAAUCGGUCCCUCGUAGAUGGGUUAAGGGAGCUCAGGGAUGAAGAUGAUUAUGUUAGGUUCCUUGAUGCUGGGUUUGAUGAUGAUGAUAAUCAAAUAAGUAUCUACAUUGAUGACCAUCAUGAACCCUUACUAGAUUGGAUUGAAGAAGAAAAAGCUGAAGAAUGGGAUAGUGGUACUGAAACAUAUGAAGAUGAUGUGGACUCGGUAUUAUCGGAUGAUCUAUCGGUGGACCAUGAAGCUGAUGAUGAGGACAUUCAAUGGCCUGAAGUUGUUGAUCCUUUUUUGUCACAGAAGAACCUUAUUCCACAAAGAGGCAUAGAGGAAGAAGCUGGUGGUAAGGGUUAUUCAUUGUGGUAUGAAAAAAAUGAGGCAAAAGCAUUGUUAGUAAGGUGCAGUAAAAAUGAAAAAGGGAAGCCAUCUUGCCCUUUUAGACUAUGGGCUAGUCCCAUGAACAAGGAAAAUUCAUUCCAGAUCAAGUCACUAAUUGAUAAACAUAAUUGUGCUAGACAACAAAAAUUGGGUUGUCUUGUUACGUAUAAGUGGAUUGGAAAAAUGUUAAUACCUGACAUUUUGGAAAGGCCUAAGUUUAGCUAUAGGAAAAUGGCAGAAGUGGUUAGGAAAGACUAUGGUCUCAAGGUAAGUCUUGGGCAGUGUAGAAAUGCCAAGUACUUUGCACUAGAUGAGAUUUCAGGCAAUUUGGUAAGCCAUUAUGAGAAACUGUGGAAUUAUGGUGCUGAGUUAUUGAGGGUUAAUCCUGGGUCAACAGUCUUGAUCGAGACAAAUCAUACGCCUGAUGCUACACACUACUUCAAAAGGAUGUAUAUUUGCCUGAAGUCUAUCAAGGAUGGCUGGAUUGAAGGAUGUAGAAGGGUUAUCGGUGUUGAUGGCUGUUUUUUGAAGGGUAUUUGCAGAGGUGAGUUGUUAACAGCCGUUGGUAGGGACGCAAACAACCAAAUGUAUCCUCUAGCAUGGGCUGUUGUGCCAGUUGAAAACAAGGAAACUUGGAUGUGGUUCAUUGAUCUUCUACUUGAGGACAUUGAGAUGGGAGAUGGUAGGGGUCUUACAAUUAUUUCAGACCAACACAAGGCUUUAAUGGAGGCUGUUAAGGAAAGGGCACCAUCAUGUGAGCAUAGGAAUUGUGCCCGACACAUCUAUGCCAACUUUAAGAAGAAGGGGUUCACGGGUGUUGAGUUUAGGAGGUUAUUUUGGAGGGCUGUAAAGGCUACAACCGAUUCCAAUUUCCGAUCAUACAUGAGGGAAAUUCGUACAAUGUCCACAGAAGCUUAUGAGCACCUGAUAGAAAGAGACCCAAAUACAUGGUGCAGAGCAUUCUUUGAACCUCAGACUUGUUGUGAUGCCGUGGAAAACGGUAUAUCUGAAUCUUUCAAUGCAGCAAUUGUAGAGGCCCGGAAGAAACCAAUAAUAACAAUGCUGGAAGAAAUCAGAUUGUACGUGAUGGAGAGGAUGUACAAUCAAAAGAUUAAGGGGCAUAAGUGGGACAUGGAAAUCUGCCCCUCUAUUAGAAAGAGGAUUGAGAAGAUGAAAGAAGAACAAAGGUACUGGGAUGUUAUUCCAAGUGGCGAGGAAGAAUAUGAAGUGAAAUUAGCCCAUGAAGUUUAUGUUGUUCACCUUGAAAGCAAAACUUGUGGUUGCAGAGCCUGGCAACUCAGUGGUAUCCCUUGUGUGCAUGCCAUUGCUGCUAUAUUAUACCUGAAUGGAAAUGCAGAGGACUAUGUAGCCGUAUGGUUUAAAACAAGCAUGUUUGGAAGUUGCUAUAGGUAUCCAGUCAAACCAAUAAAUGGAGCUAACAUGUGGCUUGAUGUUCUAUUUGAUCCCAUAUUACCACCUCGGCGUAGGAGAAUGCCAGGAAGGCCCAAAGUAAACAGAAUGAAAUGUCCUACAGAAAAUGAAGGAAAGCAUAAAAUUAACAAGACAGGGAUGUCCAUCUCAAGAUGUAGUAAUUGUCAUCAAGAAGGACACAACAAGAGGCGAUCAAAUAAAGCAACUGUUAGUGAAGGGGAUGUUGAAGAAGGGGUUAGUCAAGAUGGGAUUAGUGAAGAUGGGGUCAAUAAAGAUGGGGUCAAUGAAGAUGGGGUUAGUGAAGAUGGAAUUGGUGAAGAAGAGGCUGUUGAAGAAGGCGAUAUUGAAGACCACCAGGAGGAUGAAAUUGAACAACAAGAGGAUGAGAUUGACCAUCAAGAAAAUCAUCACCAUCAGCAUCAACCUGUUUUUUUUCAGCAUUUUGUUGCGAACAAAAGGCGAUUACCUUCUGAGAGGAUCACGAAACUGAAGUUAAGGAAGAAGGUGGUAACAAAAGAUGGAAGUGGGGAAAGUACUGAAAAUCCAGUUACUAUAAACUAG